AUGUCGAGAGAGGGAGAGCGAGCGUGUGCGUGUGUGUGUGUCAGAAGACAACAGCCGGGGCUGCCCGAUAACCGCAACGGCCAGAAUAGCGACGCCAGGGACCUGCCGGGAGAUGAAUUGUCGGGGGAUGGAUGGGCGAAAAAGCGACCGGUCGACGGGCUGGCAGCGCAGCCAGGUGAGCAUUGUCGUAAUCUGCUUCGGCCAAUUGACGAAUCAGAGCUUCUUUCCAGAGACUGUCUUGGCACCACUGGUCGUAAGGAUAUACACGCAAGACACAACUAUACACUCUCCAUACCUGUCUGUAUAGUUAUACACAUUGUACUCCGUACUCCGUACACGUUCCGUCUGGGCGCAGGCUGGCUAGCCGCUUUGGCAGCUCCUCACAGGAGAAUUGAGAUGCGCACAGCUCCCAGCCCGCCCUGCCAUGGGAUCGCGAUCCGUCUGUCGGAGCUUUUUGCAAGACGCACCCGCUUGAGACCAGAUGGGGUUACGCCCAAUGUGCCGAUUUGUCGAUCGACGAAACAAUUUAUGUGCACUACGAAGUACCCUCCAAUGGCUGGCCAACGUUGGCCUUUUGUUUCCAGUCCUGAAACUCAAAACAUCCGCCGUCGCUGGGGAUGGCGGCUUUGGAAUCAACAGCGCAUCAGCGGUGUCGAGGCUCCAGAGUUACAAAAAUGGACACAAUUCUUGCCACCCUCAGCCAACGAUUUGGAUUCUACGUACGGACAGGGAAACAAUGAAAUUGCAGAAUCAUUGAUGCAAAAUUUCGAGGCUUCAAAAAAGCAAAAAUUCUGCUGCGGUGUGUCGCUGUGGGUAUGGACUUUUUAG